AGGUGGCUUCUUCGCUCCUCUCCUUUCCUCUUCCUCUCUUGCCUCCUGGUGUAAGAGGUAAUCCCCUAUCCCAACGCUAACCUUUCCCCUUCCUGCCUUCAGGUCUGCUUGGAGAGGCAUCUUUCUUGGAUUUCUUUCGGGCAACCGCUCUCUCAGGUGGGAUCCUCCACUACGAGAAAGAUAAGGAGAGAACAGAAAGAGAUAGCGAGGAACCCCGGUGCUACAACUCGCCUGCCAUGAGCUGCCCCUUGAAGCGCGUGCCCUUCAUGGGCUGCUUUCGUCCCACCCGCCGCCCGCCUCUCCAGCAGCACCAGCAACAGCAGCAGCAGCAGCUCCUUCCCUCCGCCUCCUCCUCUUCUUCCUCGGCUUGCGCCCUGGAGCCCAAAGCGGCCCCACUGCCGGGCCCGGUGUGCCCUGGUCCGCCCUGCUCCCCCUCGGCGCCGCCCCACGCCCUGGCCGCCCUGCCCGGACCCACCAAGUGGCCGCUCAUGGGCAGCCUCCUCGACAUCCUCUGGAAAGGGGGGCUCAAGAGGCAGCACGAGACCCUGGCAGAUUACCAUCGCAAGUUUGGCAAGAUCUUCCGCAUGAAGCUAGGUGCUUUCGACUCAGUACACAUUGGUGCCCCCUGCUUGCUUGAGGCUCUUUACAGGAAAGAGAGUGCCUACCCACAGCGGCUAGAGAUCAAGCCCUGGAAAGCUUACCGGGAUUACCGUAAAGAGGGCUACGGACUCCUUAUUUUGGAAGGAAAAGACUGGCAGAGAGUAAGAAGUGCAUUUCAGAAGAAAUUAAUGAAGCCCACAGAAAUUGUCAAGCUUGAUACCAAAAUUAACGAGGUCCUUGUAGAUUUCAUGCAACAAAUUGACAUCCUUUGUAAUGAGAAUGGACAAAUAGAAGAUUUGUAUUCUGAACUUAACAAAUGGUCAUUUGAAAGUAUUUGUCUGGUGCUAUAUGGGAAAAGAUUUGGACUCUUGCAACAAGAUGUAGGAGAUGAAGGCUUAAAUUUCAUCAAGGCUGUGAAAACGAUGAUGAGUACUUUUGGGAAAAUGAUGGUCACUCCUGUUGAGCUCCAUAAAAGCCUGAAUACUAAAGUCUGGCAGGCUCAUACAAAGGCAUGGGACAAUAUCUUUAAGACAGUCAAAAGUUCUAUUGACAUCAGAUUGAAGAAGUACUCGGCCAACCCCUCUGAAGAUUUCCUCUGUGACAUUUACUUUGGGAGUCAGCUUUCCAAAAAGGAGCUGUAUGCCGCUAUCACAGAGCUCCAGAUUGCUGGCGUUGAAACGACUGCCAACAGUUUGCUUUGGGCCCUUUACAACAUCUCAUGCAAUCCAGACGUCCAGGCAAAACUGCUUGAAGAAAUACAGAGUGUCGUCUCAGAUGGUGAGGAUCCAAAUGCUGAACAUCUAAAAAAAAUGCCCUACUUAAAGGCAUGCCUGAAGGAAUCUAUGAGGUUAACACCAUCUGUGCCAUUUACUACUCGGACGCUUGACAAGGAAACCGUUCUUGGAAACUAUGCUCUUCCUAAAGGGACAGUGUUGAUGAUCAACAGCCAUGCUCUGGGAUGCAAUGAAGAAUAUUUCAGCAACUGGACUCAAUUUAAGCCAGAGCGUUGGCUUCAAAAGACCAUCAAUCCCUUUGCUCAUGUUCCAUUUGGCAUUGGGAAGAGGAUGUGUGUUGGACGCCGCUUGGCAGAGCUGCAGCUUCAAUUAGCUCUCUGUUGGCUUGUGCGGAAAUAUCAGAUAGUAGCAACAGAUGAUAAACCAGUAGAAACGCUGCACUUGGGAAUCCUUAUCCCCAACAGAGAACUUCCUAUCGCAUUCAGAAAACGUUAAGAUACUUUGGAAGAAAACAGUAGACUGCUGACUGCUGCUUUUUCUGCAGACAAUAUUCUUGAUGUCUGGAAUCCUAACUAUCAAUGACCAGGCAGCAUGUGUGCUGAUGCCAAGGAGAAAACAAUGGCCAUCCAAAGCUAGCUUUGACCUUGCUUAAGGAGCAAAUCUAUCAAACUGUGGUUAGCACACUCUAAAAGCUAUAAUGAAAGCAAAAACAGACCCUGCCUUUGUUAUAGAGGCCAGGGGUGGAAGGGAGACAGAGCUGAACAGAUUGGCAGAGGGCAAUAGAUCUUUUCAUGCAGCCUUGGCAAAAAUCCAUUGCUGCUUACCUGCCAAUAUGUGAAAUCAACACCCAUCCUGUUAAUGUUUCUGGGAUCUGCUGGUCAAGAAUGGGUGGGACUUGCAGGUUCAGCAUUACAAUGCAGGGCAAAGAAAGUUGGUUCAACUCUUCCCAAAUGCUCAAGUUUUCAAAGGAGCAUUUAAUGCAGCUGCAAGGCUAGUUUGGGAUGCGGAAAAGAAAAUCAUGGAGCCAAGAAACAUUCCAAGAGGGUACCGAAUUUAUGUUUCCACAAGGGGAAACAACAAGAAGUGUGAUGAAUAUACUAAUAGCUGCAAUAACAUCAACACUUUUACCACUUUAUAAUGCUGUUCAAAAUGCAAAAGGUUAUCUUAUCUGCCUUGAUGUUGCAAACAUGGAGUGGAUGAUCCCAUCUUACCAUGUUGGUAUUUCCCCCCAGCUAUGUGUAUGUGCAGGCUGUCAUUGCAGGUGUCACUGCUUGGAAAAGUUGGAUUUUGAUGUACAGCCCUAGAAUUCUCCAGUCAGCAUGGCCAAUAGUUGGGAAAUCUUGCUGUCAUCCAAAAAGUAACUUUUCCAAGCUUCAUAACUACUUAUGCUUCCAGUGGCAUUAUCUAGCUCUUUCUUUCUGUCUAAUGCUCUGGAUAAGUGGAUAGAAAAAUGUUGUUGUGCACAGCCUUAUGGAAUAAUUCUGUGUUUUAAAUGCCCAAACCAGCUUGGGUAUUUGUGUGGAUUGUUCAGAAAGAAUUUUUAAUGCAGCACCAUCAAGUUUGCACAAUCAAAUUAAGCCAUGUAUGUGUAGAAGCCUCAUAAGGCUUGUGUUUUUGCUAAAGGUGUGGCAAUAUCCCCC